UGUCAUGUACAAGCCCGUGCGCGUAUUUGGCAUAAACGCAUAGGUCUACUGGUGUUGAACGGUUGGUAGGACGGAGCUCUGGUAGAUGUAGACAGAAAAUGACGUGUAUCAUAGUUUGGAAUCAGUUAAACCUUGAUAUGCAGUUUCAUUCCGUCAUCUCUUUCUACUGAGGCAUUUAUUUCAUUCUUCAGAAAAGCUAUCAUGGCAAUAUUACCUUCCGGCUACAGACCUUAUACGCCCAAAUCAGCAGUUCUGGGUAAUUUUGAAGUCAGUGAUAACCUGAAUCUGUCGGAGUUUGGCAGACAUUACGUAGGCAAGGCUCCGAAGUACCCUCACUACAGUGACCCCAAUGUGCGUUACCAAUCCUUCACAGACUGGCCCAAGGAUAAAGGCCAAAAUCCAUUUGUCCUUUCUAUGGCCGGAUUUUUUUACACAGGUGUAGAGGAUUGCACUCGGUGUUUCCACUGUGGUCUCGGGCUGAAGAAUUGGCUACCACCAGACAAGCCGUUUGUUGAGCAUGCUCGCUGGUCCCAGGACUGCGCGUUCCUGCGUCGGAGGAAAGGGAAUGAGUUUGUGGACAACGUAAGGCAAAACUUUCCACGGGAAUUCCCGCAUGAAACUGAGGCGGAUUCUGUGCCAGCCUCGACAACUGACUAUAGCGACAUUGUCAAACGAGUGGUGGAGAUGCCAUGUGGUGUUAGCAUCAAAGAGAUGUUCUCUCAGAGUAUUGCUGUGGCUGCGGUAACUAAGGUCCUCAGUCUCCAUGAUUGGGAAGAGAGCGCAGUGACGAUUGGGGAAUUGGCAAACAUCGCUGUAGAGCUACAGGAAGCUCAAGGCAAGGGCGAACGGGUUCUCCCAAGCACUUCCGCCGCGGAGUGUGUUGAAUACGAGAAGCCCCCAUCUGUUGAAAAGGCUGUAAACGAAAAGACAUCUUUAUUAGCGGAAAACCAUCGUCUGAAGGAGCAGAUGAUCUGUAAAGUUUGUCAGUCCAAUGCUGUGUCAUCUGUGUUUCUCCCAUGUGGCCAUCUUGCCACGUGCUCCAAUUGCGCAGCCUCGGUUUCAGUUUGUAUGUUGUGCCACAAAAAGGUUGCCACAGCUAUCAAAGUGUAUAUUUGAAUGUCAGCGUG